GCGCGAGCUUCCUUUCCAGGAGUUGUAGUUUUUCUUAGCAGAACCAACGUUAGCUUCCAGUUUUGAGCCUCGUCAGGCCAAAGCAGUUGGCUAACUGGGUUUUUCGGAGCUGUAGAAACCAUCGCAGUUUCCUGUUGUCGUUCAAGCAGAGCCUAGCUUCCGACCAGAUCAUGGCAGAUUUCUCGCUGUCAGAUGCUUUAGGAGAUGACACGCCGAGCCAGGCUAAGAAAAUAGGCCACACUAACCCUACGGCCCCUGCCAGCAAUCACCCUGCCGCUCCGAACCCGGGAUGGCCCGGUUCUGCCCCAGGAGCUCCCACCCAGCCCUCUGCUCCAGCUGACUUCAGCGGUGGAUUAUCUGGCCCAGGAGCCCCGGGGCCAUUCCAGUACCCCUCUGGCCCUGGAGCACCAGGGCAGUACCCGGGACCUCCCUCAGCACCCGGUGGCUUCCCUGCUGGUCCUGGAGUACCUGGACAGUAUCCUGCACCGGGAGCUCCGGGUCAGUUUCCCUCCAGCCCCGGAGCGCCUGGACAGUUCCCCGGGCAGUAUCCAUCUGAAGGAACUCCUGGACAGCUGCCCGGGGGCCCCGCUCCUUACCCAUCGGGGCCGUUUCCUUCUGGCCCCGGCGCUCCGGCCGGCCCUUACCCGAACGUGCCUUUCCCUGGUGGCCAGCCAGCAGGAGGCAACGGGAUGUACGGACCCGGGGGUCAAGGUGGAUUUCCCCCUCCAGCCGGUCCAGGAUCUUUCCCAGCGUUCCCCGGAGGCGGAUUCCCCCCGAUACCACCCGGGUCGUGGGGAUCACCCGGAGGAGGUUUCCCGACCCCGCCUGCUCAGUUUGGUCCCGGGCCCACGGGUCCGUACGGUGGUCCUGCUGGUCCAGGAGGCACAUUGAUUGUGCCGUACGAUCUCCCACUCCACGCUGGGAUUAUGCCGCGCCUUUUAGUCACGGUGAUCGGAGAGCCAGUUCCCGGGGCAGACAGGUUCCAGGUUGACUUCCUUAAAGGUCCGGAUGUCGUCUUUCACUUCAACCCUCGCUUCAACGAGCAGACCAUCGUCCGAAACUCCAGCCUAGGAGGUUACUGGGGCCCGGAGGAGCGAGAGGGGCCCUUCCCCUUCGUCCAGGGGCGCCGUUUUGAGCUGAAGAUCCUGGUGGAGGAGGACAUGUUCAAGGUGGCCGUGGACGGGACCCACCUGCUGGAGUACGAGCACAGAGUGGGCGGCCUGGAGGAGGUGACCGUGCUGCGGGUCACCGGCGACGUCGUCCUCUACAGCGCGGCGCCCAGCAUGAUCUGAGCAGCCCCGGCCGCUCGCUUGCUCGCUCUCGAAACGAUUAGCCUCCGCGUUUCUGACGACCGCCUGCCCCAAAGCCCCUCCCCCUCAAACACACGGAGGCAGCUGACGAAGUUGCAAGUGCGGCCAGCAAAGUGCAAUUGUCCCUCACGUGGCACAUUUUAUCGCAACGCAGAUCGAAUUAGGUUCGCACUUGAUAAUCCUGUUUUUUUUGUGUGUGUUUUUUUUUUCCUACUGAAUGAGAUCUCAAUACAAAAUUAUGUUUUCACUUUCCUCUUAGAAAAAUGUAUGAACUGCUUUGCAUUUUUUGUUUCCCUGUUUUUUUUUUUUCCCAUUUCUAAUUAAGGAAAAGAUUGAGUGACAUAAACGUGUAACAAAUUAAAUAAGGAAUAAUUUAUUAUGUGAAAAAAAAA